AUGGGUUCGCUCUGUUGUGUGGCUGCGAAAUCAGAUAGAUCGAAUUCUGGAAGUGGGGAUUUUUCGUUUGGCCCGCAUGAGCCUUACUGGAGGACGAAUUCAAGUUUCUCUCCACCUUCAUCGAGAUGGGAUGUCCAUGGAUUAAUGGAUGGUAUUAGUUAUUAUGGAUCUUCCGCAUCAUCAAAUACUAAUGCUCUUCGUAGUCCCGACCUUUCUCAUGGUCUUCGUUGGACACGUAAUGACUUUGAACCUGCAGCAAGAAGAGAUCAAAUUCUUAAGCAGCUACCGGGUACAUCAAGAAAUGUUGGUACGGGAUGUUCGUUCUCAUCUUGCUCUGAUAUUGGUGACUCUGAACCUAACCGCAACUUCUCAAGCCGGCGUUUUUUUCUGUCCAAGCCUGUUCAUCCUAUACUGCAUCCUUCCGAUAAUGUUAGAGACACAACAUCUGACUCUGCGGAUGCCUGCAGUUGGAGCAGCGGGACCACAAGCAGCAUCGAUUCUGUUGAUGUUCCCGAACCAAUUCAUGAUUGGGAUAACAACUCCACUAAAACACAACAAGGAGCUUCAAAUACAUUUAAAUGCGGAUUGUGUAACAGAUACCUUUCACAGAAAUCUCCUUGGGGAUCUCGGUCCAUCCUAAGAAACCGAGAUAUGCCUGUCACAGGUGUCCUUCCAUGUCAACACGUCUUUCACGCGGAAUGUCUUGAUCAAUCAACUUCAAAGGCUCAGCGCAAUGACCCACCUUGUCCAAUAUGCACCAAACAUGAAGGAGGAGAACACUUUAAACCACACAACAUUGCCCCGAGGCUUAAACCGCUUUGUGAAGAUGGGCCAUCUGCAAGACCAUGGGGCUGUGCUCAGGCCGGUGACUGUGUUGAAAAUGCUGUUAAUGUGCCGCCAAGAAACACCAUGAUGAUGAUAAACCGGAACCGGAUAAGGAAAAACCUCUCAUUGAGAGGAAACUCAAGCAAAGAUUCUCCAAGAAAAAUCAAGAAAAGCAACUCAUUUGCCAUGGAAAAUCUGCCGAAUCAAGCCUCGCUUGUACAAUCUAGAGGGAAAGAGAAAGCUUUAUGGUAG